GCAGUUUUGAGAAUUAUUAGUCCGAGAAGUAUCUGACAAAACAGUUUCAAACAGAUCUGAGUAAUCUUUCUUCCUCACAACCGCGUCUCCCUUGUUCGCCUCCGUCGCGUUCCUCCGUACCCGUCGCCCCUGCACCGCCUAACCCGGCCGCGCCCGAGCCCUUCGACGUCGUGUUCUUGCCCGAAUCGUCUUCCCCGAUCAAUUUCUCUCCAGAUUAAUUUGAAUAGAGAUAUAUUGCUCUAAAUAGUCUUGCUCCACAAGGUUCAGCCUUUUGUGUUCAGAGUAGCAGAAUUAGAGAAUGGUCAAGAGGUAUGGAGCAUUUUGAUGUGCAGGAGUUACCAUGUUGCAGUGCUUAGAGGGAAUCAAGAAUUUGGGUGCUUCGUUGUCGCGAUGUUGUGAUCUUGAUUUGUAUCGGCAAACAAGGGGUCUUGAUGAUCCUGAAAUCCUUGCACGAGAGACCGUGUUUAGUGUAAGUGAAAUUGAAGCACUCUAUGAACUGUUUAAGAAGAUAAGCAGUGCUGUAAUUGAUGAUGGGCUGAUCAACAAGGAAGAAUUCCAAUUGGCCCUAUUCAAGACAAACAAAAAGGAAAGCCUGUUUGCUGAUCGGGUGUUUGACUUAUUUGACACAAAGCAUAUUGGAAUUCUUGGGUUUGAGGAAUUUGCCCGUGCUUUAUCUGUUUUUCAUCCAAAUGCCCCUAUUGAUGAUAAGAUUGAGUUUUCUUUUCAAUUAUAUGAUCUCAAGCAACAAGGCUACAUUGAGAGACAAGAGGUGAAACAAAUGGUGGUUGCUACCCUUGCUGAAUCUGGUAUGAACCUUUCAGAUGACGUAAUCGAGAGUAUCAUAGAUAAGACCUUUGAAGAAGCGGAUACGAAACAUGACGGGAAGAUUGAUAAGGAGGAAUGGAGGAAUCUUGUCUUACGCCACCCGUCGCUUCUGAAGAAUAUGACACUUCAAUACCUCAAGGACAUCACAACAACGUUUCCAAGCUUUGUCUUUCACUCUCGAGUUGAGGAUACCUGAUAGGGUUUUUAUGUGACAGUCAAGUUUUCUUCUUUUCUGGGAACCCAUGUUGGGCAUAAUUUGUAUUGCUUUCCCGUUUUCUUUUGUUUCAAUCUUUUAUUAUAUGAUUAGUUAUUCUUUUUUUUUUGUGGGGAAUGUGAUCAUCAGUUAAUGUAAUUUGUUGACAUUAAAUCAAAACCAGUUUCUUCCAUGUUGAUGUUUGCACACUUUGCUGGCAUUAAGUUGCUCUCAUUUUCUACAUAUGUUAAAAGUUAGCUACACAAGUUCUAAGAUUGACACAUAUUUUGGGUAGACUUUAUGACACAAUAUGUUUGUAAUUAACGGUUCACUAUAAU